CUCCCAGGGCGUGCCCGAACCCAAAAAAAGAAAGACGAACCGUAAAGGUCUCUCCUUGGGUCUCUCCUUUCGAUAUUUUUUAAGUUAAACCCGGAAGGAAAGAGCUUCUACUUCCCACUUGAAGGGAGCACUGACUGCUGAAGAAAAGCGAGGAAGAAAAGAUGGAAAGCUUCGAGCUGAGCGACCUGAUCCCGGGCUUGCCCGGCGAGAUCGGGCUCGAGUGCCUGACCCGGUUGCCCUACGCCUCCCAUCCGGUCGCCUCGUGGGUCUGCCGGAGCUGGCACCAGCUGCUGGAGAGCCGCGAGUUCUACCACCACCGCCGGCACCUCGGGUACACCCGCAAGGUCGCCUGCCUCGUCCAGGCCCUCCCUCGGCCCCUGCCGCAGCCCGAGGCCGACGGGUCGAAGCCCAGCGACUCCCCCAGCUACGCCAUCACCGUGUUCGACCCGGUCGGCCGGACCUGGGAGCGGCUCGACCCGGUCCCUGGGUACCCGGGCGGGCUCCCCCUGUUCUGCCAGGUCGCCGGCUGCGAGGGCGGGAAGCUGGUCGUCAUGGGCGGGUGGGACCCGGCGAGCUACGACCCGGUGACGGACGUGUUCCUCUACGACAUCGCGUCGCGGCGGUGGAGGCGGUGCGCGCCGAUGCCGUCGAAGCGGUCCUUCUUCGCGAUGGGGUCGCACGGCGGCCGGAUCUACGUGGCGGGGGGCCACGACGAGAACAAGAACGCGCUGCGGACGGCGUGGGCGUACGACCCGUGGAGGGACGAGUGGGCGGAGCUGCCCCCGAUGACGCGGGAGCGGGACGAGUGCGAGGGGAUCGUCGCGGGGGGCGUGUUCUGGGUGGUGAGCGGCUACGGCACGGAUAGCCAGGGCGAGUUCGAGGGCAGCGCCGAGGCGUACGCCGGCGGCGAGUGGAGGCUGGCCGAGGGGGUGUGGGAGGCGGGCCGGUGCCCGAGGUCGUCCGUCGCCGGGUUCAGGGGCGACGGGAGGCUGGUCAGCUGGUCCGAGUCGGACUCGAGGGUCCGGGUCGGGCCGAGCGGGGUGGCGCUGGGGGACAUGACCCUGGUGACCGGGUCGGAGUACCAGGGGGCGGCGCAGGGGUUCUACGUGAGGGCGGGGCAGGGCGGUAAAUUCGAGCGGGUCGGCGACGUGCCCGACGAGUUCGGCGGGUUCGUCCAAUCGGGUUGCUGCGUGGAGAUUUGAGAAAAGCCAGUUGACUUGAGUCGCGACCGGCUCCGCUUUUCGUACGGCGACGAGGGGGGCAGUAGUGUCAUUUGGCUCGGAGCAUUUGGGUUAACUUUAGUUCAAACUUUUAUCAAAGGCAUAUAGGGGAGGUGCUUUCCGUUGUAUUUUGCUGCUUUUUGCUUUUGCCUUUACUUUUACCAUGUAAAUUAUAGCAGCUGGGUUGAGCGAUUUUGUCGGGGAAAAAAGAGAAAUGUGUUUUUUGAGGACUUCUUUAUGGUGAAAAAGAGCAUUUGAGCAAAA